CCACCCUUCUAAAGCAACAACAACCCUUGCAGGAUGUCCAGCGGCGAAGACAUGCACUCUGAUCCUGCGGGGUGGCGCUGAGCAGUUCCUCGAGGAGACGGAGCGGUCGCUGCACGACGCCAUCAUGAUUGUCAGGCGGACUAUCAAGAACGAUGCCGUCGUCGCGGGCGGGGGUGCCAUCGACAUGGAGCUCUCGAAACACAUGCGCGAGUACUCGAAGACUGUGAUGGGCAAGGAGCAGCUGCUGCUGGGCGCCGUAGCGCGCGCCUUCGAGGCCAUCCCCAGGCAGCUCUGCGACAACGCAGGGUUCGAUGCCACCAACCUGUUGAACAAGCUGCGGCAGAAGCAUCAUCAGGGAGACAUCUGGUACGGAAUAGACAUCCAGAAGGAGAACAUCGCGGACAACUUCGAGUCGUGCGUGUGGGAGCCCGCCGUGGUCAAGAUCAACGCUAUCACUGCAGCGUGUGAGGCUGCUGCUCAGAUCCUCUCAAUCGACGAGACAAUAAAGAACCCGAAAAGCGGUGGCGAUGCGCCGGCGCCUGGUCGCGGAAUGGGACGCCCGCGCAUGGGAUAACUUGUCAACUUAGCUUGCGGUCGAUUCUGUCGCUUAAUCCUUCAACUAAUUCGAUAGAUGCGCUGAAAGUAUGGCACAUAUUUCAUGGGACGCCUGUAGAUAAAGACGAGAUUUAUUAUUUACUUCUAGACUCCGGAGAAUGAGACAGAACUGCUGUCCUCUAGCGUCUGUCGGGCAUGCAAAUCUUUUUGCGAGUGGAGAUGUGGAGAGUGGAGGUCCCGUUACGGGACCGUUGGGUCUCCCAAAGCAUCUACUUAACACAUCGAAUAUAUAACCAGAAAUGUCGUUUAAUUUUGUUUGAAAACUGCUCUGCCAAAUCAUUGCGGUGAGAACUGCGCUCCGAUUGGCCAGCCGGAAUUCGAAACAAUUGACGGGUGUCGUC